UGCCAGUUUGCGUUCGCCACCCGUCCAAAACCCCCCAACCAAAGCCCGCUCCGGCAGCCCCCACCCCACCAUCGCGUCAAUGGCGGCGCCGCCUGUCCAGCCUGUGCCAACCGCGGCGGCGGCGGCGGCGGCUGUGAACGGGGACGCGUUCCGUCUGGGCUUCGUCGGCGCGGGCAACCUGGCCGAGAGCAUCGCCCGCGGCGUGGCGGCGUCGGGCGUCCUCCCGGCCUCCGCCAUCCGCACCGCGCCCCACCGCCGCCCCGAGCGCGGCGAGGCCUUCGCGUCCUUCGGCGCGUGCUUGCUCCAAACCAAUGCCCAUGUUGUGGACGACAGCGAUGUGAUCGUCAUCUCCGUGAAGCCUCAGAUCGUGAAGCAAGUUCUACUUCAGCUGAGGCCACGGCUGUCAGAAAAAAAGCUUCUCGUGUCCAUUGCUGCCGGCAUCAAGAUGCAAGAUUUGCAGGAUUGGUCUGGUCAACGACGUAUUAUUAGAGUAAUGCCCAACACCCCUUCAGCUGUUGGACAAGCUGCAUCAGUCAUGUGUUUGGGAGAGAUGGCUACUCAGGAUGAUGAAAACCGUGUAAGAAAACUGUUCAGUGCCAUUGGAAAAGUCUGGACAGCUGAAGAGAAAUAUUUUGAUGCUGUAACUGGUCUGAGUGGUAGUGGCCCGGCCUAUAUCUUCCUAGCAAUAGAGGCCAUGGCUGAUGGUGGAGUUGCUGCUGGGCUUCCUCGGGACCUUGCCCUUGGUCUUGCAUCUCAAACAGUUCUUGGUGCUGCAACUAUGGUGAGCCAGACAGGCAAACAUCCAGGGCAACUGAAAGAUCAGGUUACUUCUCCAGCAGGUACUACCAUUGCCGGGAUUCAGGAGCUCGAGAAGGGCGCAUUCCGUGGAACGCUGAUUAGUGCUGUUGUUGCUGCCGCAAAGCGCUGCCGCGAACUGUCAUAGAGUUCGAAACAAGGCUGCAUUUUGUUGAUAUACAUGCGUUGGUAUGCAAGGUGCAAAUCUUCUGGAAUAGUAGACUAAUAAUGUACUGGGUGGCUUCAGAAUCAUGUGAUAUGAUAAGUACAUGCUCCCUUCUAAAGCUUGGUGUCACCAUUAUAUGGUCAAACGGCAAGCCUUAACAAUAAAUCCAAAAAUUGGGGCAGA